AUGAAAGUUGUGGGCUUUGUUGUAAAGUUAUUUAUAGUAGUUGGCGUUCUCGUACGGAGUGCAAACGGAGGUGAGUCCAAGGUUUCAGAUGCCGUAAGAAACACUGCGUUUUAUGUUGGCGACUGUAUUUCCAUUGAUCGCUGAAAGGGAAAUGUUUCAGACAAACUUUUCAAAAUUUAUUUUGAGAUUGCAUCAAAAUUAUGCUUUUAUGUUUAGCCUCACUUUCCCGCCAACGUCGUCAGUUUGAGAUCAACCCUGUCUGUGGCUGUAAACCCUUCCCCCGCUCCAUCAUCUUUAACCCCUGCGGCUGUCCUCCUUUCCAGAUUUGUGUUGCUGGCCAAUAUUGUCUUGGAAGUGGAAAACGAUGA